AUGAUCGCCUUGAAGCAAAGAGAGCAAGGAGUAAAGGAUGGUGACAUCAGGAGACAAAUUCAAGAACUACAAACCCAGAAGAAUAGUGUUUUGGCAGAAAGAGAAGAACUGGAUGUUUUGAGGAUGGAUCUCAAAAAUAAGAAUCUUGAGGUUAAAGCUGAAAUGAAAACCAUCAGUCAAGAGAAAGAAGACUUUAUUCAGAUGAAGGUUGAAGUACAAAAAGAGAGCAAACUGCUUUUGAUUGAAAAGGAAAGAAUGGUAGGACAAUGGUCUGACUUGAAAAAGAGAGAAAACAAGCAAAUGGAUAAAAUGAAAUCCAUUGAAUCCCUGAGAAUAAGACUUCAAGAGCUCGACGCCAGGAUGAGUCAAAACAUGAACCACAAAAUGAUCAGAUUGGAACAAAACAAGGAAGACAUCCUGAAACUGGUCAGUAUUCUAGAGGAAAAGCAAGAGGCUCUGGAUGUACAUAAAAUCAAUAUGAAGAGUUGCACUGAGAUGCUCGUGAGAGAAAGAGAAGGAUUGAAGAGUCUGAUGUCAGAAAUUGUCAUCCUAAGACAAUUCAUGGAAAAUCAACUGAAGCCAGAGACUUUGUCGGAAAAGAAAGAGCUCUUGAAACUAAAAGCAGAACUGGAUCAGAAGAGAGAAGAUCUGGAAAGACUGUCUGAGAAGAUGGACCAAGAAAAACUGGUCUUGAAUCUGAUCAGAUCUGAAAACCAGAAGCAAUGUGACCUAUUACAACAAGAUGCGCAAGAUAUAAAAGAGGAAAAAGAAACAUUGAAACUCACAAAGACUGAACUAAAACAGAAGAGGGAACAUGUCGACAGUCUGUUGGAUGACAUAAGCCGAGAGAAAAGCAACAUUAAAGAUCUGACCCUUCAGCUUCAGUCACAAAGAAACACAUUUGAAAAUGUCAUUGACAAGGUCAUGUUAAAACAACAAGAACAAGAGCUCCACGAUGACACCAUCAGGAGACUGAAACUAGAACUGGAAAACAGAGAGAACAGUGUACUAACAGAAAGACAAGAACUGGAAGUUGGGAGGAAAAAUAUCGACAAGACAAAAGAAGAAGUUGAAGCUACUAUGAACAACAUCAGUGGUGAGAGAGAACGCCUCAGUCAGCUAAAGACUGACAUCAUCAGAGAGAGAGAAAUGUUUUUGAAUGAAAAGUACAAACUGGAAAGAGGAAGGUCUGAGCUGAAAAUAAGAGAACAUCAAGUAAUCAAUAAAAUGAAAGUUGUAGAAACUGUGAAAGUAAAACUCCAACAGCUAAAUGAAAGAAUUAGUGAUGAAAUCAAAGUGAAAAUGCAAAGUUUGGAACAAAAUAAUGAAGAUGUACUUAUACUGUGCACUGCACUGGGAGAAAGGUUCACUGAAAUUGAAGGACUGAAAGAAGACAUGGCUUGUUACACUGAGCUGAUGGGCAGAGACAAGGAGGGUCUGAUAAAAGUACUGUCAGACAUUGUCAUCCAGAAAGAGGACUGUGAAAAUCUAUGGAAACAAAAGGUUAGGGCCGAACAACUACAUCUUGACAAACAGAAGACAGAGUUGAAAGAGGAGAGAGAAGAUCUGGAAACAAUGAAUGAGACAAUGAACAAUUAUAAACUGGACAUGGAGCUGAUGAGGUCUGACAUCCAGAAACAAACUGACCUAUUACAAAAGAAUAAACAUUAUUUCACAGAUGAAAGGGAGAACUUGGAAAUGACAAACACAGAGUUACAAAAGAAGAUAAAACAUGCAGACAACCUGUUUGAUGACAUUAACAGAGAGAAAAGCAACAUUAAAGAUCUGACUCUUCAGGUUCACACACAGAGAAAGAAGCUUCAGAAUGUGACGAACAUGAUCGCCUUGAAGCAAAGAGAGCAAGGAGUAAAGGAUGGUGACAUCAGGAGACAAAUUCAAGAACUACAAACCCAGAAGAAUAGUGUUUUGGCAGAAAGAGAAGAACUGGAUGUUUUGAGGAUGGAUCUCAAAAAUAAGAAUCUUGAGGUUGAAGCUGAAAUGAAAACCAUCAGUCAAGAGAAAGAAGACUUUAUUCAGAUGAAGGUUGAAGUAGAAAAAGAGAGCGAACUGCUUUUGAUUGAAAAGGAAAGAAUGGAAGGACAAUGGUCUGACUUGAAAAAGAGAGAAAACAAGCAAAUGGAUAAAAUGAAAUCCAUUGAAUCCCUGAGAAUAAGACUUCAAGAGCUCGAUGCCAGGAUGAGUCAAAACAUGAACCACAAAAUGAUCAGAUUGGAACAAAACAAGGAAGACAUCCUGAAACUGGUCAGUAUUCUAGAGGAAAAGCAAGAGGCUCUGGAUGUACAUAAAAUCAAUAUGAAGAGUUGCACUGAGAUGCUCGUGAGAGAAAGAGAAGGAUUGAAGAGUCUGAUGUCAGAAAUUGUCAUCCUAAGACAAUUCAUGGAAAAUCAACUGAAGCCAGAGACUUUGUCGGAAAAGAAAGAGCUCUUGAAACUAAAAGCAGAACUGGAUCAGAAGAGAGAAGAUCUGGAAAGACUGUCUGAGAAGAUGGACCAAGAAAAACUGGUCUUGAAUCUGAUCAGAUCUGAAAACCAGAAGCAAUGUGACCUAUUACAACAAGAUGCGCAAGAUAUAAAAGAGGAAAAAGAAACAUUGAAACUCACAAAGACUGAACUAAAACAGAAGAGGGAACAUGUCGACAGUCUGUUGGAUGACAUAAGCCGAGAGAAAAGCAACAUUAAAGAUCUGACCCUUCAGCUUCAGUCACAAAGAAACACAUUUGAAAAUGUCAUUGACAAGGUCAUGUUAAAACAACAAGAACAAGAGCUCCACGAUGACACCAUCAGGAGACUGAAACUAGAACUGGAAAACAGAGAGAACAGUGUACUAACAGAAAGACAAGAACUGGAAGUUGGGAGGAAAAAUAUCGACAAGACAAAAGAAGAAGUUGAAGCUACUAUGAACAACAUCAGUGGUGAGAGAGAACGCCUCAGUCAGCUAAAGACUGACAUCAUCAGAGAGAGAGAAAUGUUUUUGAAUGAAAAGUACAAACUGGAAAGAGAAAGGUCUGAGCUGAAAAUAAGAGAACAUCAAGUCAUCAAUAAAAUGAAAGUUGUAGAAACUGUGAAAGUAAAACUCCAACAGCUAAAUGAAAGAAUUAGUGAUGAAAUCAAAGUGAAAAUGCAAAGUUUGGAACAAAAUAAUGAAGAUGUACUUAUACUGUGCACUGCACUGGGAGAAAGGUUCACUGAAAUUGAAGGACUGAAAGAAGACAUGGCUUGUUACACUCAGCUAAUGGGCAGAGACAAGGAGGGUCUGAUAAAAGUACUAAGACAGAGUUGA